GAUUUACAGUUUAGAGGAAACAAAUGUCGUUUUCGUUUUCGCGGUGUAGUACACUUUUUCCGUGCUAUACUUUGCAGCUUCAAAUAAAACAUUUUCAGUGCCAUUGCAUUGCAUUGGUAUGCGUAAUAAUGGGAUAGCUGUCAAUUCGUUUUGUUUUGGUCAUUGUCGCAUUCGUCAUUUUUUCUCGUUUCCAUUUCAUAUCAGCUAGCAUCCCGCCAUGUUUCGAGGACUAACAUCUCAGCGUGUGUAAACGAGAUAGCAUAUCACCGCAACUUUUCAUACGCAUAACAUAGCAUCUGUCAAUGGGGCCCGCAAAUUGCGGAUCCGCAGUGAUGUUAGCUCCUAACGGAGCAAAGCAAAUAAGAUAGAGAUGCCAGCUAGCUGUUUCAUAUGUCCAUCUCGCAAAUGUGCUGAGAAAAAAUUUACCUGACACUUUACCACGUGGAACGAAAACCAAAACAAACCAGUUUUGACACAUAUGUGUGAAUGUGUUGGUAACUUCCUACAGUACACUCUGCUUUUUUCGGGUGUCAUCAGUGACAGAAAAAGUGUAGGGAGAGACAGAAAAAGGGAUUUCUAGUAACUGCAACUUUUUGAGAAUGGCACGAUUGAAAGCGUUGUUCAGUAAAAAGUUUCCGAUUAUUGGUAUGAUACAUGUUGAUCCGCUUCCAGGUACGCCACUCUAUUCUAAUCAAUUUGAAGACACAAUAAAGAAAGCGAAGCAUGAAGCAGAGAUAUACGUUAAAGGAAAAAUAGACGCAAUACUUAUUGAAAACAUGCAUGAUUUACCGUACGUCCAGAGUAAGUUUUUGGGACCUGAAACCGUUGCUUGUAUGAGUAGAAUUGCAGUUGCCGUAAAAGAAGUCAUUCACAACAUUUUGCCAUGUGGCAUACAGAUUUUGGCGUGCGGCAAUAAAGAAGCACUAGCUAUAGCCAAAGCAUGCGAUCUUGAUUUUAUACGAACAGAAGGAUUUGUAUUUUCGCAUGUGGCUGACGAGGGUGUUACAAAUGCCGAUGCGGGUCAUAUUCUUAGAUACAGAAAGCAUAUUGACGCUCAGCACGUCGGCAUUAUCACAGAUAUAAAGAAAAAACAUAGCUCCCAUGCUAUCACCAAUGAUGUUUCUUUGUGUGAAACUGCUAAAGCCGCUGAAUUCUUUCUAUCGGAUGGACUUGUUCUAACAGGUAAAGCUACUGGAUACGAAACCGAUAUUGACGAUAUAAAAUCAUUGAAAGGUAAAGUGAAUUUACCACUGAUUCUUGGUUCUGGUGUGACAAUGGACAACAUCGACAGAUAUUGGAAAGUAGCUGAUGCUGCUAUUGUAGGUUCAUUUUUCAAAACACAUGGAACUUGGCAAAAUAAUGUGGACGAAGAAAGAGUACGUUCGUUUAUGAAUAAAAUAGUUAGACUACGCAAAGGUAUAUUGUAGAUCUAAUAGUGGAUUUAA